AUGAAGAAGCACGAGGCCAUAGAGGCAGACAUCGCUUCGUAUGAGGAGCGAAUUGGCGUGGUGGUGGAGCUGUCCGCGGAGAUGGAGACAGAGUGCUACUACGACAUACGCCGCAUCUUGGCACGCAAGGAAAACAUCCUGGGCCAGUGGAGCCUGCUCAAGGAGCUGGUGGGAGGCCGACGUUCCCGGCUGGAGCAGAACCUGGCACUGCAGAAGACCUUCCAGGACAUGGUCUACAUGAUCGACUGGAUGGAGGACACUCAGGUCCAGCUGCUGUCCAAAGACAUGGGGAAACAUCUUCUGGAGGUGGACGACUUGUUGCAAAAGCACAGUCUGCAGGAGGCCGACAUCAGCAUCCAGGCAGAGAGAGUGGAGACCCUCAACAACCAGGCACUCACAUUCACCACCAUACAAGGUUACCAGCCCUGUGACCCUCAGGUGAUCUGUAACCGUGUCAGCCAUGUUUCCUCGUGUCUGGACGAGCUCAAACUGCUGGCCUCCAAAAAGCGUGAGGAUCUGGAGGAGUCGCGGAUGCUAUGGGCCUUCUUUCAGGAGGUGGAGGAGUCUGAAGUUUGGAUCAGGGAGAAGACCUCCAUUCUGGCCACGCAGGGCUUGGGCAAAGAUCUGAGCAGUGUGUUACGGCUCCUGCAGAAGCACAAGGGCCUGGCCGGGGAGCUGCUGGCCCACCGCUCACUCCUGCAGAGCACGAUGAAGCAGGGCAAGCAGCUUCUGAGCGAGAAGAGCCUGCUGGCUGUGGGAAUCCAGGAUCGAAUCCUGGAGGUGAAGGAGGAGUGGAAACAUCUGGAGGAGCAGGCUGCACAGCGCCUGGGCCACCUGCAGGAGGCGCUCAACUUCUUCCAGUUCUCCACCGAGAUGGACGACCAGGUGGCAUGGCUGCAGGACGCCUACCGCCUUGUGUCCAGCGAAGACUUUGGCCACGAUGAGUACUCAACCCAGUCUCUGCUCAAGAAGCACAGAGGAGUGACAGAGGCUGUGGAGAAACACCGCAUGCAUGUAGUGACACUGCGCAAGCAUAUGGUGGCGCUGCCCCUGCAGUACCGCGAACAAGAGACACCCCAUCACCCCCACCCUGCCUCCAACACAGACACCCUGUCACCCCCACCCUGCCUCCAACACAGACACCCUGUCACCCCCACCCUGCCUCCAACACAGACACCCUGUCACCCCCACCCUGCCUCCAACACAGACACUCCGUCACCCCCACCCUGCCUCCAACACAGACACCCCGUCACCCCCACCCUGCCUCCAACACAGACACCCCGUCACCCCCACCCUGCCUCCAACACAGACACUCCGUCACCCCCACCCUGCCUCCAACACAGACACCCCGUCACCCCCACCCUGCCUCCAACACAGACACUCCGUCACCCCCACCCUGCCUCCAACACAGACACCCCGUCACCCCCACCCUGCCUCCAACACAGACACCCUGUCACCCCCACCCUGCCUCCAACACAGACACUCCGUCACCCCCACCCUGCCUCCAACACAGACACCCUGUCACCCCCACCCUGCCUCCAACACAGACACUCCGUCACCCCCACCCUGCCUCCAACACAGACACCCCGUCACCCCCACCCUGCCUCCAACACAGACACCCCGUCACCCCCACCCUGCCUCCAACACAGACACUCUGUCACCCCCACCCUGCCUCCAACACAGACACCCCGUCACCCCCACCCUGCCUCCAACACAGACACCCCGUCACCCCCACCCUGCCUCCAACACAGACACUCCGUCACCCCCACCCUGCCUCCAACACAGACACCCCGUCACCCCCACCCUGCCUCCAACACAGACACUCCGUCACCCCCACCCUGCCUCCAACACAGACACCCUGUCACCCCCACCCUGCCUCCAACACAGACACCCCGUCACCCCCACCCUGCCUCCAACACAGACACCCUGUCACCCCCACCCGCCUCCAACACAGACACCCUGUCACCCCCACCCUGCCUCCAACACACAGACACCCCGUCACCCCCACCCUGCCUCCAACACAGACACCCUGUCACCCCCACCCUGCCUCCAACACAGACACCCUGUCACCCCCACCCUGCCUCCAACACAGACACUCCGUCACCCCCACCCUGCCUCCAACACAGACACCCUGUCACCCCCACCCUGCCUCCAACACAGACACCCUGUCACCCCCACCCUGCCUCCAACACAGACACCCGUCACCCCCACCCUGCCUCCAACACAGACACCCCGUCACCCCCACCCUGCCUCCAACACAGACACCCCGUCACCCCCACCCUGCCUCCAACACAGACACCCCGUCACCCCCACCCUGCCUCCAACACAGACACUCCGUCACCCCCACCCUGCCUCCAACACAGACACCCCGUCACCCCCACCCUGCCUCCAACCAGACACCUCACCCGUCACCCCCACCCUGCCCACACGCACUCCGUCACCCCCCACACCCCCUCCAACACAGACACUCCGUCACCCCCACCCUGCCUCCAACACAGACACCCGUCACCCCCACCCUGCCUCCAACACAGACACCCCGUCACCCCCACCCUGCCUCCAACACAGACACCCCGUCCCCCCACCCUGCCUCCAACACAGACACCCGUCACCCCCACCCUGCCUCCAACACAGACACGACGCACACAGACCCCGUCACCCCCACCCUGCCUCCAACACAGACACCCCGUCACCCCCACCCUGCCUCCACACAGACCCACCACAGACACCGUCACCCCCACCCUGCCUCCAACACAGACACUCCGUCACCCCCACCCUGCCUCCAACACAGACACUCCGUCACCCCCACCCUGCCUCCAACACAGACACCCCGUCACCCCCACCCUGCCUCCAACACAGACACCCCGUCACCCCCACCCUGCCUCCAACACAGACACCCCGUCACCCCCACCCUGCCUCCACACACAGACCCCCGUCACCCCCACCCUGCCUCCAACACAGACACCCGUCACCCCCACCCUGCCUCCAACACAGACACUCCGUCACCCCCACCCUGCCUCCAACACAGACACUCCGUCACCCCCACCCUGCCUCCAACACAGACACCCCGUCACCCCCACCCUGCCUCCAACACACCCGUCACCCCAGACAGACCCCGUCACCCCCACCCUGCCUCCAACACAGACACCCCGUCACCCCCACCCUGCCUCCAACACAGACACCCGUCCCCCCACCCUGCCUCCAACACAGACACUCCGUCACCCCCACCCUGCCUCCAACACAGACACCCGUCACCCCCACCCUGCCUCCAACACAGACACCCCGUCACCCCCACCCUGCCUCCAACACAGACACCCCGUCACCCCCACCCUGCCUCCAACACAGACACCCGUCACCCCCCCUGCCUCAACACAGACCCCGUCACCCCCACCCUGCCUCCAACACAGACACCCGUCACCCCCACCCUGCCUCCAACACAGACACCCUGUCACCCCCACCCUGCCUCCAACACAGACACCCGUCACCCCCCUGCCUCCAACACAGACACUCCGUCACCCCCACCCUGCCUCCAACACAGACACCCUGUCACCCCCACCCUGCCUCCAACACAGACACCCCGUCACCCCCACCCUGCCUCCAACACAGACACUCCGUCACCCCCACCCUGCCUCCAACACAGACACUCCGUCACCCCCACCCUGCCUCCAACACAGACACCCCGUCACCCCCACCCUGCCUCCAACACAGACACCCCGUCACCCCCACCCUGCCUCCAACACAGACACCCCGUCACCCCCACCCUGCCUCCAACACAGACACCCCGUCACCCCCACCCUGCCUCCAACACAGACACUCCGUCACCCCCACCCUGCCUCCAACACAGACACCCUGUCACCCCCACCCUGCCUCCAACACAGACACCCCGUCACCCCCACCCUGCCUCCAACACAGACACUCCGUCACCCCCACCCUGCCUCCAACACAGACACUCCGUCACCCCCACCCUGCCUCCAACACAGACACCCCGUCACCCCCACCCUGCCUCCAACACAGACACCCGUCACCCCCACCCUGCCUCCAACACAGACACUCCGUCACCCCCACCCUGCCUCCAACACAGACACUCCGUCACCCCCACCCUGCCUCCAACACAGACACCCCGUCACCCCCACCCUGCCUCCAACACAGACACUCCGUCACCCCCACCCUGCCUCCAACACAGACACCCGUCACCCCCACCCUGCCUCCAACACAGACACCCCGUCACCCCCACCCUGCCUCCAACACAGACACUCCGUCACCCCCACCCUGCCUCCAACACAGACACCCGUCACCCCCACCCUGCCUCCAACACAGACACUCCGUCACCCCCACCCUGCCUCCAACACAGACACCCGUCACCCCCACCCUGCCUCCAACACAGACACCCGUCACCCCCACCCUGCCUCCAACACAGACACUCCGUCACCCCCACCCUGCCUCCAACACAGACACCCGUCACCCCCACCCUGCCUCCAACACAGACACCCCGUCACCCCCACCCUGCCUCCAACACAGACACCCGUCACCCCCACCCUGCCUCCAACACAGACACCCCGUCACCCCCACCCUGCCUCCAACACAGACACCCCGUCACCCCCACCCUGCCUCCAACACAGACACCCCGUCACCCCCACCCUGCCUCCAACACAGACACCCCGUCACCCCCACCCUGCCUCCAACACAGACACCCCGUCACCCCCACCCUGCCUCCAACACAGACACCCCGUCACCCCCACCCUGCCUCCAACACAGACACUCCGUCACCCCCACCCUGCCUCCAACACAGACACCCUGUCACCCCCACCCUGCCUCCAACACAGACACCCCGUCACCCCCACCCUGCCUCCAACACAGACACUCCGUCACCCCCACCCUGCCUCCAACACAGACACCCUGUCACCCCCACCCUGCCUCCAACACAGACACCCCGUCACCCCCACCCUGCCUCCAACACAGACACUCCGUCACCCCCACCCUGCCUCCAACACAGACACCCCGUCACCCCCACCCUGCCUCCAACACAGACACUCCGUCACCCCCACCCUGCCUCCAACACAGACACCCUGUCACCCCCACCCUGCCUCCAACACAGACACCCUGUCACCCCCACCCUGCCUCCAACACAGACACUCCGUCACCCCCACCCUGCCUCCAACACAGACACUCCGUCACCCCCACCCUGCCUCCAACACAGACACUCCGUCACCCCCACCCUGCCUCCAACACAGACACCCCGUCACCCCCACCCGCCUCCAACACAGACACCCCGAGGUGCAGGUGCGAAUCACUGACUUGGAGCAGCUGUACACUGAGGUGGUGGAGGUGUCUGUCCUUCGGCAACAGUGGCUCCUGGAUGCUCUGGCCGUAUACCGCAUGUUUAGCGAGGUCAACGCCUGUGAGCUGUGGAUUGACGAGAAGGAGCAGUGGUUGGACAAGAUGGAGGUGCCCGAGCGGCUGGAGGACGUGGAGGUGGUGGCUCACAGGUUUGAGAGCCUGGACCAGGAGAUGAAUAGUGUGAUGGGCCGGAUCCUGGACGUGAACCAGAUGGUGCAGCAGCUCCUGGACGGGGGCCACCCUUCUUCUGCAGAGGUCAGGGGCUGCCAGGACCACCUCACCUCCAGAUGGAACUGCAUCGUGGAGCUGGUGGAGCAGAAGAAGCACCAGCUGGACUCCAUGCUCCGGCUGCAAAACUACCUCCUGGAGUGUGCAGAGAUCAAGUCCCACAUCCAGGAGAAGAGAAAGGCCAUCGACGCCACGCAGUAUGUGAACAGUGACCUGGGGGGCGUGAUGGCCCUGCAGCGCCGCCUUACCACCAUGGAGGGCGCUCUGGCUGUGCUGGAGCCCAAACUGCUGCACCUACAGGAAGAAGCAGAGCACCUGGCCACAGCACACCCUCCUCGUGCCAUGGAGGUGCUGGUGGCCUUCGAUGGCCUGAGCGUGGAGUGGGAGGAGCUGAAGAGGACGCUGCAGGGCUGUGAGGACUCGCUGAUGGUGGCCGGCCGCCUGCAGAGCUUCAUCCAGGACCUGGAUUCCUUCUUGAGCUGGCUAGUCCAGACCCAGACAGCUGCGGCCUCUGAACAGCUACCCAACGACCUGCAGGAGGCAGAGACACUCAUCAACAAGCAUGCCACGCUCAAGGAGGAGAUUGGACGGUACGAGGAGGACUACGAGCGGCUCCAGAGCAUGAACGAGCUGCUGGAGUCGGAAGAGGCUCCUCUUCCCCAAGCCGCUCUGCAGCAGUGGCUCCACAAGCUGGAUGUGGGCUGGAACAAGCUGCUGGAGAUGUGGGAGAGCCGCAGAGACGUGCUCGUGCAGGCACACAUCUUUCACCUGUUUCUGCGAGAUGUCAAGCAAGCAGAGUCCUUCCUCAACAAUCAGGAGUCAGCUCUGGCCCAUGUGGAGUUACCCACCACUGUAGAGACCGUUGAGGCUGCCAUCAAAAAACACAAGGACUUCACCAAUACUAUGGAGCUGAACCUACACCGCAUCAAAGCUGUCAUCGAGGCCGGCGAGAGUCUUAUCAGCCAGAGCAACAUUUACAGUGAGCGCAUUCAAGAGCGCAUCGACACACUGGCAAACAGUCCCUGCCCCCUCACUGCCCUGCCCCGCCCUCUCAAGUCCCUGCCCCCUCACUGCCCUGCCCCGCCCUCUCAAGUCCCUGCCCCCUCACUGCCCUGCCCCGCCCUCUCAAGUCCCUGCCCCCUCACUGCCCUGCCCCGCCCUCUCAAGUCCCUGCCCCCUCACUGCCCUGCCCUGCCCCCUCACUGCCCUGCCCCGCCCUCUCAAGUCCCUGCCCCCUCACUGCCCUGCCCCGCCCUCUCAAGCCCCUGCCCCGCCCUCUCAAGUCCCUGCCCCCUCACUGCCCUGCCCCGCCCUCUCAAGUCCCUGCCCCCUCACUGCCCUGCCCCGCCCUCUCAAGUCCCUGCCCCCUCACUGCCCUGCCCUGCCCUCUCAAGCCCCUGCCCCGCCCUCUCAAGUCCCUGCCCCCUCACUGCCCUGCCCCGCCCUCUCAAGUCCCUGCCCCCUCACUGCCCUGCCCCGCCCUCUCAAGUCCCUGCCCCCUCACUGCCCUGCCCCGCCCUCUCAAGCCCCUGCCCCGCCCUCUCAAGCCCCUGCCCCCUCACCGCCCUGCCCCGCCCUCUCAAGUCCCUGCCCCCUCACUGCCCUGCCCCGCCCUCUCAAGUCCCUGCCCCCUCACUGCCCUGCCCCGCCCUCUCAAGUCCCUGCCCCCUCACUGCCCUGCCCCGCCCUCUCAAGUCCCUGCCCCGCCCUCUCAAGUCCCUGCCCCCUCACCGCCCUGCCCCGCCCUCUCAAGUCCCUGCCCCCUCACUGCCCUGCCCCGCCCUCUCAAGUCCCUGCCCCCUCACUGCCCUGCCCCGCCCUCUCAAGUCCCUGCCCCCUCACUGCCCUGCCCCGCCCUCUCAAGCCCCUGCCCCCUCACUGCCCUGCCCCGCCCUCUCAAGUCCCUGCCCCCUCACUGCCCUGCCCCGCCCUCUCAAGUCCCUGCCCCCUCACUGCCCUGCCCUGCCCUCUCAAGCCCCUGCCCCGCCCUCUCAAGUCCCUGCCCCCUCACCGCCCUGCCCCGCCCUCUCAAGUCCCUGCCCCCUCACCGCCCUGCCCCGCCCUCUCAAGUCCCUGCCCCCUCACCGCCCUGCCCCGCCCUCUCAAGUCCCUGCCCCCUCACUGCCCUGCCCCGCCCUCUCAAGCCCCUGCCCCGCCCUCUCAAGUCCCUGCCCCCUCACCGCCCUGCCCCGCCCUCUCAAGUCCCUGCCCCCUCACUGCCCUGCCCCGCCCUCUCAAGUCCCUGCCCCCUCACUGCCCUGCCCUGCCCCCUCACUGCCCUGCCCCGCCCUCUCAAGUCCCUGCCCCCUCACCGCCCUGCCCCGCCCUCUCAAGCCCCUGCCCCGCCCUCUCAAGUCCCUGCCCCCUCACUGCCCUGCCCUGCCCUCUCAAGCCCCUGCCCCGCCCUCUCAAGUCCCUGCCCCCUCACUGCCCUGCCCUGCCCCCUCACUGCCCUGCCCCGCCCUCUCAAGUCCCUGCCCCCUCACUGCCCUGCCCCGCCCUCUCAAGUCCCUGCCCCGCCCUCUCAAGCCCCUGCCCCGCCCUCUCAAGUCCCUGCCCCCUCACUACCCUGCCCUGCCCUCUCAAGUCCCUGCCCCCUCACUGCCCUGCCCCGCCCUCUCAAGUCCCUGCCCCCUCACUGCCCUGCCCCGCCCUCUCAAGUCCCUGCCCCCUCACUGCCCUGCCCCGCCCUCUCAAGUCCCUGCCCCCUCACUGCCCUGCCCCGCCCUCUCAAGUCCCUGCCCCCUCACUGCCCUGCCCCGCCCUCUCAAGUCCCUGCCCCCUCACCGCCCUGCCCCGCCCUCUCAAGUCCCUGCCCCCUCACUGCCCUGCCCCGCCCUCUCAAGUCCCUGCCCCCUCACUGCCCUGCCCUGCCCUCUCAAGUCCCUGCCCCCUCACUGCCCUGCCCUGCCCCCUCACUGCCCUGCCCCGCCCUCUCAAGUCCCUGCCCCCUCACUGCCCUGCCCUGCCCUCUCAAGUCCCUGCCCCCUCACUGCCCUGCCCCGCCCUCUCAAGUCCCUGCCCCCUCACUGCCCUGCCCCGCCCUCUCAAGUCCCUGCCCCCUCACUGCCCUGCCCUGCCCUCUCAAGUCCCUGCCCCCUCACUGCCCUGCCCCGCCCUCUCAAGUCCCUGUCCCCUCACCGCCCUGCCCCGCCCUCUCAAGUCCCUGCCCCCUCACCGCCCUGCCCCGCCCUCUCAAGCCCCUGCCCCCGCCCUCUCAAGUCCCUGCCCCCUCACUGCCCUGCCCCGCCCUCUCAAGUCCCUGCCCCCUCACCGCCCUGCCCCGCCCUCUCAAGUCCCUGCCCCCUCACUGCCCUGCCCCGCCCUCUCAAGUCCCUGCCCCCUCACCGCCCUGCCCCGCCCUCUCAAGUCCCUGCCCCCUCACCGCCCUGCCCCGCCCUGUCAAGUCCCUGCCCCCUCACCGCCCUGCCCCGCCCUCUCAAGCCCCUGCCCCGCCCUCUCAAGUCCCUGCCCUCUCAAGCCCCUGCCCCGCCCUCUCAAGUCCCUGCCCCCUCACCGCCCUGCCCCGCCCUCUCAAGCCCCUGCCCCGCCCUCUCAAGUCCCUGCCCUCUCAAGCCCCUGCCCCGCCCUCUCAAGUCCCUGCCCUCUCAAGCCCCUGCCCCGCCCUCUCAAGUCCCUGCCCCCUCACCGCCCUGCCCUGCCCCCUCACCGCCCUGCCCUGCCCUCUCAAGCCCCUGCCCCGCCCUCUCAAGUCCCUGCCCUCUCAAGCCCCUGCCCCGCCCUCUCAAGUCCCUGCCCCCUCACCGCCCUGCCCUGCCCUCUCAAGCCCCUGCCCCGCCCUCUCAAGUCCCUGCCCUCUCAAGCCCCUGCCCCGCCCUCUCAAGUCCCUGCCCCCUCACUGCCCUGCCCCGCCCUCUCAAGUCCCUGCCCCCUCACCGCCCUGCCCCGCCCUCUCAAGUCCCUGCCCCCUCACCGCCCUGCCCCGCCCUCUCAAGUCCCUGCCCCCUCACUGCCCUGCCCCGCCCUCUCAAGUCCCUGCCCCCUCACUGCCCUGCCCUGCCCCCUCACUGCCCUGCCCCGCCCUCUCAAGUCCCUGCCCCCUCACUGCCCUGCCCCGCCCUCUCAAGUCCCUGCCCCCUCACUGCCCUGCCCUGCCCCCUCACUGCCCUGCCCCGCCCUCUCAAGUCCCUGCCCCCUCACUGCCCUGCCCUGCCCCCUCACUGCCCUGCCCCGCCCUCUCAAGUCCCUGCCCCCUCACUGCCCUGCCCCGCCCUCUCAAGUCCCUGCCCCCUCACUGCCCUGCCCCGCCCUCUCAAGUCCCUGCCCCCUCACUGCCCUGCCCUGCCCUCUCAAGUCCCUGCCCCCUCACUGCCCUGCCCUGCCCCCUCACCGCCCUGCCCCGCCCUCUCAAGUCCCUGCCCCCUCACUGCCCUGCCCCGCCCUCUCAAGUCCCUGCCCCCUCACUGCCCUGCCCUGCCCCCUCACUGCCCUGCCCCGCCCUCUCAAGUCCCUGCCCCCUCACUGCCCUGCCCCGCCCUCUCAAGCCCCUGCCCCCUCACUGCCCUGCCCUGCCCCCUCACUGCCCUGCCCCGCCCUCUCAAGUCCCUGCCCCCUCACCGCCCUGCCCCGCCCUCUCAAGCCCCUGCCCCCUCACUGCCCUGCCCCGCCCUCUCAAGUCCCUGCCCCCUCACCGCCCUGCCCCGCCCUCUCAAGCCCCUGCCCCGCCCUCUCAAGCCCCUGCCCCCUCACCGCCCUGCCCCGCCCUCUCAAGUCCCUGCCCCCUCACUGCCCUGCCCCGCCCUCUCAAGUCCCUGCCCCCUCACUGCCCUGCCCCGCCCUCUCAAGUCCCUGCCCCCUCACCGCCCUGCCCCGCCCUCUCAAGCCCCUGCCCCCUCACCGCCCUGCCCCGCCCUCUCAAGUCCCUGCCCCCUCACUGCCCUGCCCCGCCCUCUCAAGUCCCUGCCCCCCUCACCGCCCUGCCCCGCCCUCUCAAGUCCCUGCCCCCUCACUGCCCUGCCCCGCCCUCUCAAGUCCCUGCCCCCUCACCGCCCUGCCCCGCCCUCUCAAGUCCCUGCCCCCUCACUGCCCUGCCCCGCCCUCUCAAGUCCCUGCCCCCUCACUGCCCUGCCCUGCCCCCUCACUGCCCUGCCCCGCCCUCUCAAGUCCCUGCCCCCUCACUGCCCUGCCCCGCCCUCUCAAGUCCCUGCCCCCUCACUGCCCUGCCCCGCCCUCUCAAGUCCCUGCCCCCUCACCGCCCUGCCCCGCCCUCUCAAGUCCCUGCCCCCUCACUGCCCUGCCCUGCCCUCUCAAGCCCCUGCCCCGCCCUCUCAAGUCCCUGCCCCCUCACUGCCCUGCCCCGCCCUCUCAAGUCCCUGCCCCCUCACCGCCCUGCCCCGCCCUCUCAAGUCCCUGCCCCCUCACUGCCCUGCCCUGCCCUCUCAAGCCCCUGCCCCGCCCUCUCAAGUCCCUGCCCCCUCACCGCCCUGCCCCGCCCUCUCAAGUCCCUGCCCCCUCACUGCCCUGCCCCGCCCUCUCAAGUCCCUGCCCCCUCACCGCCCUGCCCCGCCCUCUCAAGUCCCUGCCCCCUCACUGCCCUGCCCCGCCCUCUCAAGUCCCUGCCCCCUCACUGCCCUGCCCCGCCCUCUCAAGUCCCUGCCCCCUCACUGCCCUGCCCCGCCCUCUCAAGUCCCUGCCCCCUCACUGCCCUGCCCCGCCCUCUCAAGUCCCUGCCCCCUCACUGCCCUGCCCCGCCCUCUCAAGUCCCUGCCCCCUCACUGCCCUGCCCUGCCCCCUCACCGCCCUGCCCCGCCCUCUCAAGUCCCUGCCCCCUCACCGCCCUGCCCCGCCCUCUCAAGUCCCUGCCCCCUCACUGCCCUGCCCCGCCCUCUCAAGCCCCUGCCCCCUCACUGCCCUGCCCCGCCCUCUCAAGCCCCUGCCCCGCCCUCUCAAGUCCCUGCCCCCUCACCGCCCUGCCCCGCCCUCUCAAGCCCCUGCCCCGCCCUCUCAAGCCCCUGCCCCGCCCUCUCAAGUCCCUGCCCCCUCACCGCCCUGCCCCGCCCUCUCAAGCCCCUGCCCCGCCCUCUCAAGUCCCUGCCCCCUCACCGCCCUGCCCCGCCCUCUCAAGCCCCUGCCCCGCCCUCUCAAGUCCCUGCCCCCUCACUGCCCUGCCCCGCCCUCUCAAGUCCCUGCCCCCUCACCGCCCUGCCCCGCCCUCUCAAGCCCCUGCCCCGCCCUCUCAAGUCCCUGCCCCCUCACCGCCCUGCCCCGCCCUCUCAAGUCCCUGCCCCCUCACUGCCCUGCCCCGCCCUCUCAAGUCCCUGCCCCCUCACUGCCCUGCCCCGCCCUCUCAAGUCCCUGCCCCCUCACUGCCCUGCCCCGCCCUCUCAAGUCCCUGCCCCCUCACUGCCCUGCCCCGCCCUCUCAAGUCCCUGCCCCCUCACUGCCCUGCCCUGCCCCCUCACUGCCCUGCCCCGCCCUCUCAAGUCCCUGCCCCCUCACUGCCCUGCCCCGCCCUCUCAAGUCCCUGCCCCGCCCUCUCAAGUCCCUGCCCCCUCACUGCCCUGCCCCGCCCUCUCAAGUCCCUGCCCCGCCCUCUCAAGUCCCUGCCCCCUCACUGCCCUGCCCCGCCCUCUCAAGUCCCUGCCCCGCCCUCUCAAGUCCCUGCCCCCUCACUGCCCUGCCCCGCCCUCUCAAGUCCCUGCCCCCUCACUGCCCUGCCCCGCCCUCUCAAGUCCCUGCCCCCUCACCGCCCUGCCCCGCCCUCUCAAGCCCCUGCCCCCUCACCGCCCUGCCCUGCCCUCUCAAGCCCCUGCCCCGCCCUCUCAAGUCCCUGCCCUCUCAAGCCCCUGCCCCGCCCUCUCAAGUCCCUGCCCCCUCACUGCCCUGCCCCGCCCUCUCAAGCCCCUGCCCCGCCCUCUCAAGUCCCUGCCCUCUCAAGCCCCUGCCCCGCCCUCUCAAGUCCCUGCCCCCUCACCGCCCUGCCCUGCCCUCUCAAGCCCCUGCCCCGCCCUCUCAAGUCCCUGCCCCCUCACCGCCCUGCCCUGCCCUCUCAAGCCCCUGCCCCGCCCUCUCAAGUCCCUGCCCUCUCAAGCCCCUGCCCCGCCCUCUCAAGUCCCUGCCCCCUCACUGCCCUGCCCCGCCCUCUCAAGUCCCUGCCCCCUCACUGCCCUGCCCCGCCCUCUCAAGUCCCUGCCCCCUCACCGCCCCUGCCCCGCCCUCUCAAGCCCCUGCCCCCUCACUGCCCUGCCCUGCCCUCUCAAGCCCCUGCCCCCUCACUGCCCUGCCCCGCCCUCUCAAGUCCCUGCCCCCUCACUGCCCUGCCCCGCCCUCUCAAGUCCCUGCCCCCUCACCGCCCUGCCCCGCCCUCUCAAGUACCUGCCCCCUCACCGCCCUGCCCCGCCCUCUCAAGUCCCUGCCCCCUCACUGCCCUGCCCCGCCCUCUCAAGUCCCUGCCCCCUCACUGCCCUGCCCCGCCCUCUCAAGUCCCUGCCCCCUCACUGCCCUGCCCCGCCCUCUCAAGCCCCUGCCCCGCCCUCUCAAGUCCCUGCCCCCUCACUGCCCUGCCCCGCCCUCUCAAGUCCCUGCCCCCUCACCGCCCUGCCCCGCCCUCUCAAGUCCCUGCCCCCUCACUGCCCUGCCCCGCCCUCUCAAGUCCCUGCCCCCUCACCGCCCUGCCCCGCCCUCUCAAGUCCCUGCCCCCUCACCGCCCUGCCCCGCCCUCUCAAGUCCCUGCCCCCUCACUGCCCUGCCCCGCCCUCUCAAGCCCCUGCCCCGCCCUCUCAAGUCCCUGCCCCCUCACUGCCCUGCCCUGCCCUCUCAAGCCCCUGCCCCCUCACUGCCCUGCCCCGCCCUCUCAAGUCCCUGCCCCCUCACUGCCCUGCCCCGCCCUCUCAAGUCCCUGCCCCCUCACUGCCCUGCCCCGCCCUCUCAAGUCCCUGCCCCCUCACUGCCCUGCCCUGCCCUCUCAAGCCCCUGCCCUGCCCUCUCAAGCCCCUGCCCCGCCCUCUCAAGUCCCUGCCCCCUCACUGCCCUGCCCCGCCCUCUCAAGUCCCUGCCCCCUCACUGCCCUGCCCUGCCCUCUCAAGCCCCUGCCCCCUCACUGCCCUGCCCCGCCCUCUCAAGUCCCUGCCCCCUCACUGCCCUGCCCUGCCCUCUCAAGCCCCUGCCCCGCCCUCUCAAGUCCCUGCCCCCUCACCGCCCUGCCCCGCCCUCUCAAGUCCCUGCCCCCUCACUGCCCUGCCCCGCCCUCUCAAGUCCCUGCCCCCUCACUGCCCUGCCCCGCCCUCUCAAGUCCCUGCCCCCUCACCGCCCUGCCCUGCCCUCUCAAGUCCCUGCCCCCUCACCGCCCUGCCCCGCCCUCUCAAGUCCCUGCCCCCUCACUGCCCUGCCCUGCCCUCUCAAGCCCCUGCCCCGCCCUCUCAAGUCCCUGCCCCCUCACUGCCCUGCCCCGCCCUCUCAAGUCCCUGCCCCCUCACUGCCCUGCCCCGCCCUCUCAAGUCCCUGCCCCCUCACUGCCCUGCCCCGCCCUCUCAAGUCCCUGCCCCCCCACCGCCCUGCCCCGCCCUCUCAAGCCCCUGCCCCCUCACUGCCCUGACCUGUUAUUCAGUCUAUUUAAACACCCAGCAAACCUAA